AUGAACUUUGGACUGUCGACUCUGUUUCAUGAAGUCAGUCACAGUACUCCAUUGAGGAGUCCUAUCACCGCAGGUUCCGCGCUUAUGAAUCCGAAUUCUAGAAUUUUAGCGCUUAAAAGUUAUAAAAGAGAGGAGGAUUUCAUGUCUUUAAGGGAAUACAAUGACUACUUGGAGGAAGUUGAGGACAUGGUGGUGAAUUUAGUUGAUGGAAUAGAUAUUCCAGCUAUUGAAACAAAGAUUGUCGAGUAUCAGAGAGAAAAUGCAUGCCAAAUCAUGAACGCUCAAGCCCUCAAGGAUGAAGAAUAUGCAGCUGCUUUUGCAGCAAGCAAGAGUGAACUUCCGCAGACAGGUGUUGAUAUUAGGGAGACCCGGUGGGAUGUUGAGCUGGAAACAACGAGAGAGGGAGACCCGACAUCGUUCUACGGCGGCAGUGGCGACGAAGGAUACGGGUCUAGAUCCAUGACGCCCAUUCAGGCCAUAGGCCACUAUCCUUGCAGCAGAACGACAGAUCUAGGAUGGACGCAUGAAGACCAAGGCGUCAAGGAAAUCUUCACCGACGACCGGAGGUGUCAAGAAGCCCUACCGCUUUCAUACCGGGAUAGUGGUGCUCAGGGAGAUCCGCAGCUUCUCACCGCCGUAUCGGAUUUUGAUCAAAUUCGCCCCACUCUCUUCACCAGCUAUGGAAUCGGGCCUGAUAUCAGCGAAUCCGUCAAGCAGAUCUCCCUUUCAUCUCUUUCUAUCAUCUCCUGCCCGGUCAAAAUUCUGCAAGCCUUAAAGACGAAAGGGGCAGAGGCGACACAGAUGGAUCGAACGGCGUUAUCGACGUGCGGAGGCGGCGAAGCUGGCGGCGUCAGGGUCGCAGACGCAGCGAACGAUGACGAAUAG